ACCAACCAUCCACCUAUCUAAAAUAAUGGACUCCUCCAUUCUUACCAUCAGCAGUGGCAGAACCACUUCUAUCACCUCUAUUACCUCUAUUCAUCAAAAUUCUCUUGUUCAAUUCAACCGCAAUCUCUCCUCUCAGAAAGCGCCGCCGAAGAGCGCACGCCUCACCAACUCCGCCACCACAAGCCCCAAUUCACAGGAACCAUGCUCACGAGAUCCUUAAGACCCAAGGGAACCCUCCGCUGGACACGUCCAGGCCUGCCAUACCGGCGGUGUUUGGCCCAUGUCUCGAACGUCUCGGACCUCCCUACAGAGGAAAACAAGCCUUUUAGCGUACCGAUAGCAGACGACAGUUUCGAAACAUACAAUCUCGACCCUCCCCCCUACAGCCUGGAAACCACCAAAAGCCAACUAAAACAACUUUACUAUGACAUGUCGCUAAUAAGACGCAUGGAACUCGCAGCCGACAAGUUAUACAAGGAACAAAAGAUCCGUGGCUUUUGCCACCUCUCCACAGGCCAAGAGGCUGUCGCGGUGGGGGUAGAACACGGGAUCAGCCCCGAAGACAAGGUUAUCACUGCGUACCGCGCCCACGGAUUCACUUUGAUGCGGGGUGGGAGUGUCAAAUCCAUCAUUGGAGAGUUACUCGGUCGCCGAGAUGGCAUUUGUCAUGGAAAGGGCGGUUCGGUGCAUAUGUUUACAAAGAACUUCUUUGGUGGGAAUGGGAUUGUGGGGUCGAAUGUACCGCUGGGGACGGGGAUUGCGUUCGCGCAGCAGUAUGAUGAUACUAAGAAGGUGACGGUGAACCUUUAUGGAGAUGGCGCUGCGAAUCAGGGUCAGGUACAUGAGGCGUAUAACAUGGCUAAGCUGUGGGAAUUGCCUGUUAUAUUUGGCUGCGAGAAUAAUAAAUACGGAAUGGGCACAUCCGUGGAGCGCGCUUCCGCCAUGACCGAAUACUACAAACGAGGAUACUACAUUCCCGGUCUACGCAUCAACGGAAUGGACGUUCUGGCCGUGAUUGCAGCAAUGAAGUAUGGCAAAGACUACGUGUUGGGCGGAAAUGGACCUUUGCUGUACGAAUUCCAAACAUACCGGUAUGCGGGACACUCGGUAUCUGAUCCGGGGACGGCGUACCGGAGCAGAGACGAGGUGCAGGCUGAGCGGGCGAAUGACCCUAUCACGACUUAUCGAGAAAAGAUGAUUGAAUGGGGCGUGCUCAGCGAGGACGAUGUUAAGACGAUGGAUAAGGAGAUCCGAAGCAAAGUUGACCGUGAAGCUCAGGAAGCGGAGAAGAUGGCGGAACCACCCUUGAAUUCUGAUGUGUUGUUCGAGGAUAUUUAUGUUCGUGGUAGCGAGCCAGCCCAGCGGCGCGGGAGAACCGUUGAUGAGACAUACAUCGGGGUUGAUAAGGUAAAGCCACCGAAACUUUAAUCCCGAGGGGUGUUGCGCUUUCAUAGUGAGCUCAUAGGCAUGUGCCUCGCAUAAGUUAGGUCGGUAUAGUCUAGUCUAAUUGAACGUCAUUAUGAUUAGCAAGGCCUCGGAUAGUAAAUAAAGGGCAUGCAGCACUUAGGGAGUUUGUAGCCAGUAGACCCUAACCGAACGACGCGUAUUCUGCUGUAGACAGGUACCAUAACAGCAUCGUCCAAAUGGCUUCAUUCAAUCCAACCUUGAAAACCCCCGAGUACUGCACUGCAGACUUCUCUCUAAUUCCAGUAUGUGACCACUUGUUUCUAUUUAGCUAAAGGGAGACAGAAAAAUGGCUCGGUCGAUACCAAACUCUAACACCCGUGACCUAGAUCGGCUCUCAAAGCGCAUCCUUCUCGAAGCAGGUUGCGGAUAUCCAGCGUCUGAUGCAGAACUCCGGUCUCAAGUAUCAGAUGCAC